AUGCGAAUGCUCGUCGUUACAAGCCAAUCAGGAAGAGGCCGACAGAGCGCCAUGGCUACCGAUCACGCGUUGAUCACGAAUCAACCACUGUUUACGAUUACUUUGUAGCUUCGUUAGAUACACUUUAGAUGCAGCCUAUUGUGAAUCUUGUUGGCUUUUCUCAAAAUUGUGCAGUCACUGGACACAGUAAAAGCGAAGCUCAUAUUGAAGCUUGCGCUGUUCACGACCUUUGGAGAAAAAAAUCGUGCCAUAGACAAGAACCUAGAAGAAGAGAUCAUUCUGCUGGAGGAAUGA